GGCAUGGAAGUGGAAAGCCAUGGAUGGGAGCAAGGAAAGAAAAUCGUGCGGAAGCCCUACGUGGUGAACGAGAUGGAAUAUGAGGCCAGUCUUCCGGAGAAGAAGUCGAACACGCUCUCCCGAGACCUCAUUGACUAUGUGCGGUACAUGAUACAGAACCACGGGGAGAACUACAAGGAAAUGGCUCGAGAUGAGAAGAACUACUACCAGGAUACUCCCAAGCAGAUUAAGAGAAAGAUCAAUGUGUACAAGAAUUUCUAUGCCGAAGAGUACAAGGAUUUCAUUGCAUCGCUCAAGCAGGAAAAGAUGGACGUGCAGUGA